AGUGGACUUUUUUUUUUUUUUUUUUUUUUUUUUUGACAUUUCUUAUUAGGUAUAUACAGAAUCUGCAUUUUUUUAUUGCGUGGUUUUCCCAGUUUCAAAACUCUUUUUUCUUGUUCAAUUGUGAUUUCUUUUCAAGAAUGUAUUAGUUGUGUAUACCCAUAUUUUGGAUUUUCUGUCUCUAUAUAGCUACCAGCAACUAGAUUUUAGUUAACACUUGGGUUUCUUUUGGUAUACUUGAAUUGCUGCAUAUGGGAAUAGAAUGAACCAUAGAAAGGAACAAAGAGGGAAAUUAAUAUUAUUUAUUCAAAAUUAAUUUGAUCCCGAAGACAAUAUCUUUUGGUUCUUGUUCUCCCUGUAACCACUAUUCUGAAGUAAUGAACAUUCCUAAAGGAAUGAUGAUUUGGAUGGAAUGAACAUAAGAAAUGCAGAAAAGGAAUUUGUGGCUGUAGUACUAAUUCAGUUACUUGGUCCCUAUGUAGCAAAUGUAGCCUUAAUUCAGUGAAAUUUGUUGUCUCCACCAAUAUCAUUAUUUUAGUAUUUUAUUUUUGAUGAACUAGGCUGGAAAGUUUUCAAAGGAGAGUUCCAAGUUUUUUUGCUUCUUGUUGUUCAAUGCAUCUAUAUUGAAUCCAAGGAAGCUCAAUUCAUGUAAUUUAUGAGAUAUUAUGUUGGCAAAGUAUCUAUAUCAUGUCUUAUUUGGCGGAAAAGUGUUCUCAACAAACAUAAACGAUAAGUAAAUGUGCAAUUUGAGUGAUAUUUAUAAAUUGCCUGCUUGCCAACUUGCGUGUACGGAAAAUCUGUGGGUUGAGCCAAUACUUCACCUACAGCGAGCUGGGUGGUGCUUUGCCACGUAAUAUUUAUAUAUUGCCUCUGUGUCAGCUUGGUAUUUAUAAAUUGCAUGCGUGUCAACUUGUAAUGGAUAUAUGAUGCUACGUGUUGACUUCACAGAAAGAAGGUUUCGGUGAUAGUUGCUUUAAAUUGCCAGAUAACGAGGGGCUGACUACUAAGUUCAUUGAUGUGUUUGAAUGCGUUUUUGGGUGAAACAGUCAUGAGGGGUCAUCUCUGAGUCUGUAUCUACAAAAGCGCAAAACGUGAUUGUAGAGAUACCAGAAGGAAUAAUGGAGCAAUCAGCAAAGAUUCUGUUAGGAGAAACAUACCCUUCUCACCGACUCCAAUAGGGGUGAUAUCUAGAGUUUUCAAUCCAAGGAUUAAAAGAACAUUGUCGCAGCCAGAAAUUCCAAUUGCACUCCCAAAUCCUCGUUCAUCACAUGGAAGUUCUAAUUCAUCUACAAAGGGGAUUGAACACCCACUACAUCGAUCACAUUCAGUACCUAAUUUAAUGGAGGCUGAAAGCACCAUACACAUGGUAGGGGGACUAAAUUCUGUAAUUCGCUCUACUACUCAAAUCACAGUUGGUGCUCUAGCAACAUCAGUCGCUGCUCCAUCUUUUGGUAAAGAUGUGAGUGAUAAUUUGGGCAAAGAUGUUACAGAAGAUGCUGUUUGCAGAAUAUGUUUGGUUGAACUUGGGGAGGGAUCAGCCAUUGUUAAGAUGGAAUGCAGUUGCAAAGGUGAACUUGCACUGGCCCACCGAGAGUGUGCUGUAAAAUGGUUUACGUUGAAAGGCAACAGGACCUGUGACAUCUGUAGAAAUGAGGUUCAGAACAUACAUAUUAAAUAUAAUUAUCGGAAUGCAGUGAUAAAUGUUCUUGAACAAACUGGACUUGCUCUACACAGGUAUUGGAUCACUGUUCCUGUGGAUGUCAUUUGCAGCGUGACUGCCUACUUUUUAUUCGUGUUGGAACUUUUGUCCACGAAGGGAGAUCGUGAUCCUCCACUUGCUGCUCCAGCUUCAAUCGUAUUGGGUCUCAUUGCACACGUGAUAUCGUUUAGGAUGGUGUGUUCAGCGAGAAAACAAGCUUGGGUUUAUGGAUUGGUUCAGUUUGGAUUCGUGGUUCUAUUUGGACAUGUCCUCUACUUGGUGCUUAAUGUUGGUGAAUAUACAUCUGUUCUUGUUGCUGUAUUGAUUGGGUUUAGCCUUACAAUGGUCGGUCAUAUGAUCGUGCGACAGAUGGCUAGCUCAAAUCAGCUGCAAACUCCUUCUCAGGUGGCUAUGCAUCCAAACCCAUCUUCAGAAACCAUUCCUGCAUCCCAGAUUCAUCUGCAACAAACUGAUCUUGAAAGCGGAAAUCUCAGAGUUGAUAAGAGCUCCAACUGAGAGUCAGAGUCCUCUCAUUUCUUUACUUUGUGCAUGUUUUUAUUGUUAAACAAUGGCUGGCUUAGAACAUGUUUCUAUAGCUGUUUCCCUGUUUUGGUGAAUUGCAGUGAAUGUAACUAUGCACCUAUCAUCAGAUCAUUCAUUCUAAAUGUUGUUUUUACCUUCGCAUAAUU